AUGGCUGCGCCAUUCCUGGUCCUUGGCUUCUUCCUGCCUGGAGCUGUUGCAUCGUUCCCGUUUCCUGAUGAGUUCGAUGACACUUUCCACUGCGACACAUGCAGUGGCGUCGGCGCUGCCCAGUGCAACAGCUCGGAUUGCAAAACUCGGUGUCUGAGCGAAGGGAAGCAGUGCUUCAAGCCGAACCGCUUCAAGCUGGGCUGUUGCUGCGACCCCUCCAGAGUCCCCAACCCGGACAUGUACAAAUGCCGAACGGGCGGCAAGCACAGUGGAGACUGCCUUUGGGAAUGUUGCAAAGCGGUUCAGCAUGGAGAUCAGAAAGUGUAUUCGACAAUCUGCGGCGACGGUUGUUGCGCUCCCAGCACACAGUGCGGGUCAAGUUGGAAGCUGGCACUGCAGAAGAAGGCCCCGAAGCGGCACCCAUGUUGUCUUGAAAAGGGAGCCACGCAGGAUCACCAAAAUGGGGCGCGCUGCUGCUUGCACGGGGACGGUGUAAACUGCUCGUCGCCUGGCCAAGAUGCGCCUUGCUGCUUGCUGUUGAGUACCAAGAGCAGCCACAACAAGAAUCGAAGCCACGAUCCGCACGCAGUCUGCCAGAGGAACUCGUGUGUCGCCUAUGUUCCCUGUGCUCCUGGCGUUGAAAGGGGCGUGCUGUGCAGCUCACCAGAGCAGACAGUGUGCUGCUUGUGGGAGGGUAGGCCGUCUGUACAUGAUCCAUGCCAGCACAGUGCUGCCGAUUGCAGCACGCACUACACGCCUUGCGGCGCGGCAGACCGGCUGGGCAUAGAUUGUGCAUCACACAGCGGCAGGAGCGUCUGCUGCCUUCCCGCUGGCAAGGAAGCCGGAUCGUGUCGCCAGUCCGACUGCGCGGCAUACCAUGCGGAGCAGACGCGAAUGUUCGUCUUGGCUGCGGCCUUAUCCAUUGUAGUGAUCGGACUCCUCCUUGUGUUGUGCCGGCGUUGCUACAAGCGCCUGCGCACCUGCUACGGGAGAUUCAAGGAGCGCGUGGACAACUUGGUCGCGCCACUGCUUCUUCCAAGUGGUGAUGUUGCGUCGGCGAGCCCACUGAUUGACCACCCGUACCGCGUGCUGCUCGCGAUUUCAUGUCAGUCCUACCAUGACAGUGAGCACUACCCACCACUCAAGACGCCCCAUGCAGAUGCAGAGGUCAUAUCACAGGAGUGCCAUAGCAUGCGCUACGACGAGGUGGUGCUUCUGGUUCAGGCCUCGAGCCGAGCAGACAUCGACAAUGGCUUCCGCUCCGCCGUGCAAAAGGUGGCUGGCAAAACCAAGGCCUUGUUGCUGAUCUCCUACUCCGGCCACGCCGUGGAGGUGGACGGCAGGAUGAUGUGGGCCCCAGAGAAUGCUCGGCAUGGUGACAUGACAACCCACUUUGACGCCAGUUGCGUGUGCCGCGACCUUAUGGAGGUGCACCUCAACGAUGGUAACCGUGGCAUAGCGCGUUUCGGAGCUACCCAGCCUGCGAAGAACCUUUUUGUGGUCCUGCUGGCAGACUGCUGCCGUGAACCAAGCACUGGGAAUCACUGUGACCCCCUAUCGGGCUCGGUCACCCGCAGACGGCGUGAUGACCAGGGUGGGUUGUAUGUCAUCUACUCCUGCGGUCCAGGGCUGCGCGCGGGUGAUGAGUCUGGGCCCUUCACUGGCCACAGUCCUUUUGUGCAGUGUAUCCAGGAGCAGCUGCGCUUCCCACAGCGGGUAAGCGUCUUUGCGGACCACGUGGAUGCCGGGCUGCGAAGGGAGACUCAAGGGAGGCCAGAAGCCGAAGGAUUUGGGAUUGUAGCCAUGUCUUGUAGGCGUAUGCUCUGUGGACGUUAG